AUGUCAUCUUUAAGUUUAUUUGUAACUCGUCUUCGUCUUCCUCUGUUUCGUCGUUGUUUAGCAACACAAUCAUCAAAUAUAACAUCACGAAAUAAUUUACUUUCGAAUGUACGUCAAUCAAAUGAUCCAACAGUAAUGCCAUUACUUAAUACGAAUGAAUUAUCUGAAGCUGAACAAAUUUAUAUAAAACGUUUUGAAGAACGACAUAUGAGAAAUGUGGAUAGACGUCAACGAGAACGACGACGAGCACGAAUUAUUGGUUUAUCUUUCGGUGCUCUAGCUAUAGCUAUUUAUGUUUAUACAAUUGUACGUGUUCGACAAGAAACAUUUUUGGAUGAUUUCAGUAUACCUGAACCACCACCACAAAAGAAAGCUAUUGAACAUGAAUAA